AUGUUGUUCAAUAUAAAUACAUGCGUGGAUAAAGAUAUUUUCAAUGAUAAACAACUUUGGCAAAUACUUUCUGGUAUUAUAUUUCCUAUUCUAACAUGGAGACCUGGUAAAACUGCGGAAAGUUUAAGAGCAGCUUCAUGCCUGUGCGCACAAAUUAUAACUAAAAAGUUUACUUGUUUUGAUGAAACAAUGUUAAAUCUAAGUUUUCCAAUAUUUUUGGCCCUUGCUGAUGAUAACCACUGUAAGACUCGUGCAUAUGCAUUAGAUACUUUACAUUCUUUAGUUUGUGCUGGCAAAAAUGUAGAUAAAAUAAAUGCAGACACAAUACAAAAUAUCACUAGAGUUGCACUAGCUCGUUUGAAUAAUGAUAAUCCAGGAAAUACACGAUUCAAAGCUAUUAAUCUGAUCAAAGCAACAUACACCCAACCUCUUCCUAAAAAUUAUUUGGUACGUUAUGAAGCUCGCGUCGCUCAGCUAUAUAAAACUGUGAUAAUAUUUUUAGACGAUCAAGAUAUACAGCAAUCCAUACUUGAUUUGUUAAAAGAGCUUUCCUGGAUGAAACUUGAUAUCCUUAUCAAACAUAUUAAUGUAAAUGUGCCUUCCCAUAAACGCCUUAAUCAAAAUUUAAUGGAUUAUUUGUCUGACAAUCUAAGUCAAAUGACACUUCAUAACAAUAACACAGAAUAG